AUGAAGUUUUUGCUUUUUGCAGGUUUCCUCGUUGUUUCAUCUUUCUGUGCUCCGUCCCAUCGGGAUGAAUCAGAUGAGUGUGGAGCAGUCGAUCUUAAAAAUGUGGUUGCUUCAAAAGGAUAUGUUCCGCCGUCGAAUGCUGGAGUUACCUGUGAAAUCUGCCUUGACUUAGUUCUAAUUGCUGAAACAUAUGCUGAAUGUGAAGAAGCUACUGUUCAACAUCGUUUAGAUAAAUAUUGCAAGGCAAAAUAUUCCAAUAAAAUUUCUCAACAGGCUUGCCUCUUAAUGGUCAAUGAUGUUGCUCAUGUUGUAAUUGACGACACCAAUCAGGAUCCAUCAGCUGUUUGCAAGGACCUUGUCCAUAAAGAUUGUCAUUAUGGAUUGAAAAAUUAA